CUCUGCUACGGGGACUCCCGUCCAGGCUGGGCUGCGUGGGCUGACCAGGGACAACUGUUAGCUGCCCCUCUCGCCGGGACGAAAACAAAGACCGGAGCCCUGGGUUCCAUCCAGACCCUUCGGCAGGCCAAGCUAGUACUCACACCUUUGGCAAUGCAAGCUGAGCAGGGCCCUAGAAGGCACCCAGGCUUCUGGAAGAUACUCACAGUGGCAACCUGCGCGGCCCUUCUGGGCUGCCUGCAAGCCGGGGAGCUCCAGGGACAUGUCUCUAUAGUCCUGCUGGGAGCAACCGGGGACCUGGCCCGGAAGUACUUGUGGCAGGGCCUGUUCCAGCUCUACCUGGAUGAGGCGGGCAACGGUUACCGUUUCAGCUUCCACGGGGCUGCCCUGAUGGCCCCCACGCAGGGCCAGCAGCUCAUCGACAAGACCCUGGAGACCCUCUCCUGCCCCCAGGGCAUGGCCGCCAGUCACUGCACUGAGCUCAAGGAGCAGUUCUUGCAGCUGAGCCAGUACCGCCAGCUGAAGACGGCCGAGGACUACCAGGCCCUGAACAGGGACAUCGAGGCCCAUGUCCAGCAGGAGGGACUCCGGGAGGCUGGCAGGAUCUUCUACUUCUCCGUGCCGCCCUUCGCCUACGCAGACAUCGCCCGCCACAUCAACAGCAGCGGCCGCCCCAGCCCGGGCGCCUGGCUGCGGGUUGUCCUGGAGAAGCCCUUUGGCCAUGACCACGGUUCAGCCCAGCAGCUGGCCACAGAACUCGGGAGCUUUUUCCAGGAGGAGGAGAUGUAUCGGGUGGACCACUACCUUGGCAAACAGGCCGUGGCCCAGAUCCUGCCAUUCCGAGACCAGAACCGCAAGGCCUUUGACCACCUCUGGAGCCGGCACCACGUGGAGAGGGUGGAGAUCAUUAUGAAGGAGACGGUGGAUGCGGAAGGCCGCACCAGCUUCUACGAGGAGUACGGCGUCAUCCGGGAUGUCCUCCAGAACCACCUGACGGAGAUCCUCACCCUGGUGGCCAUGGAGCUACCCCACAAUGCCAGCGACCCCGGUGCCACGCUGCGGCACAAGCUGCAGGUCUUCCGGGCGCUGCGGGGCCUGCGGAGGGGCAGUGCCGUGGUGGGCCAGUACCAGGCCUACAGUGAGCAGGUGCGCCAGGAGCUGCAGAAGCCGGGUGACUUCCAGAGCCUGACUCCGACCUUUGCAGGUGUCCUCGUUCAUAUCGACAGCCUUCGCUGGGAAGGCGUCCCUUUCCUCCUGGUGUCCGGCAAAGCCUUGGACGAGCGCGUGGGCUACGUGCGGGUCCUGUUCAGGAACCAGGCGUACUGUGUCCAGAGCGAGAAGCACUGGGCCACGGGCCAGAGCCAGUGCCUGCCUCGGCAGGUCAUCUUCUACAUCGGGCACGGCGACCUGGGCCACCCUGCCGUGCUGGUCAGCCGGAACCUGCCUCGGCCCCGGCUGCCCUCAGACAGCUGGAAGGAGGUGGGGGCACCCCCUGGGCUCCACCUCUUCGGCCGCCCUCUGUCUGAUUUCUACACCUACCGCCCCGUGACGGAGCGGGAUGCCUACUCUGUCCUCAUCUCCCACAUCUUCCACGGCCGCAAGGACUCCUUCAUCACCACCGAGAACCUGCUGGCCUCUUGGCGCUUCUGGACGCCCCUGCUGGACAGCCUGGCCCGGGAGGCCCCACGCCACUACCCAGGAGGAGCCGAGAGCGGCCACCUGUUGGACUUCGAGCUCAGGGGCAGCCAGCUGUCCUUUGCCCAGCAGCAACUGGAGCAGCUGGUGCCUGGGCCCGGCGCCGCCCCAAUGCCCAGUGAGUUCCGCAUCCUCAAUGCCACAUACCGUGAGAGCCCAGUGGUCCUGUCCUGGUCAGCAGAGCUGAUUGCAAAGCUGGCCAGCGACAUCGAGGCUGCAGCCACGCGCGCUGUGCAGCGCUUUGGCCGCUUCCACCUGGCACUCUCAGGUGGCUCAAGCCCCGUGGCCCUCUUCCAGCAGCUGGCCCUGCGGCACUUCACCUUCCCCUGGGCCCACACGCACCUGUGGCUGGUGGACGAGCGCUGCGUCCCACCCAUGGACCCCGAGUCCAACUUCCAGGCCCUGCAGGCCCACCUGCUGCAGCACAUCCGUGUCCCCUACUUCAACAUCCACCCCAUGCCCGUGUACCGGCACCAGCGGCUCUGUGCCGAGGAGGACCAGGGCGCCCAGCACUACGCCCAGGAGAUUGCAACCCAGGUCGCCAACAGCACCUUCGACCUGGUGCUGCUGGGCAUGGGCACUGACGGCCACACGGCCUCGCUCUUCCCCCAGUCGCCCACCGGCCUGGAUGGCGAGCAGCUGGUUGUAUUGACCACCAGCCCCGCCGAGCCCCGCCAGCGCAUGAGCCUCAGCCUGCCGCUCAUCAACCGGGCCAGGAGGGUGGCCGUGCUGGUCAUCGGCAGGAUGAAGCAUGAGGUCACCAUGCUGGUCAGCCGUGUGGGCCACGAGCCCAAGAAGUGGCCCAUCUCGGGGGUCCUGCCGACGUCGGGCCAGCUGGUGUGGUACAUGGACUACGAGGCAUUUCUGGGAUGAAGGCUCCCAUGCCUUCCUGCUGACUCUCUCUGUCCUCCCUCCCCCCCAGCCACCUGCCCACACGCCCGCUCUCUGGAUGCCGGUGCCCAGGGCCAGACCUCCAGAGAGGGGAGGACCAGGCCCGCUCCUCUCCCCUGGCCUUGUUGUGGGUGUGCAGACAGAAGCAAAGGCGGAGUGGCAUCCCCACUCCCAGGAAGCUUCAAAUCCAAGUCGGGGGAGCAACCACACCUUAGCAAAAAGACGACAGCCUCCCCCAAGCUCACUGCCACUAAGGUGAUUCGGGCCCUGACCUGAACACCCACCAGCACUAAACAGGCCUGUGAGAAAGCCCAGGUGCAAAGAGACCCUGGGUAACUGGGAGCACUUUCUGGAGGAGGAGGAGGGAGGAGGCUCUGGGAUCCGCUCCCAUGGAACCAGAAGAGUGUGGGUGGGAGUGGCGGGAACCGGGCAGGGUGGAGGCCUUGGGCUGCCAGGCCUUGCUCCCCUGCACAACCCCCCCACCCCCACUUCCCACCUGCUCAUCUUGAUGGCGGCCCCACCUGCUCCCUCUCGCCAGGCUCCUCUCGCCAUCCUGACCCGAGCUCUAUCCAGCCCGCACCCUGCCUCCUUGCCGUCCUUCAGAAACAGCACACGGGUGGGGGUGGGCGAGGUGGCCUUCAUCACUGCAGGAAGACAGGUGGGUAGGUGGCAGUGACGGUUCUACCGCUGCAGAUACCAGGCAGCUACGGGGAGGAGGGUUCUGGAAAUUGUAAGGCUGGUGUUUGGAGCACCCUCUCUUGGCUGACAACCUUGUCAGUGUUGGGGUCUGGCUCCCUCACGAAGGGACCCUGCCCUCUUCCGGACUCUGGGAGCUAAACUGGGCGUAGGUGGCCAGGCCAUUCCGGGGACCCCCACUUCACAGAGCCAUUAACAUCUCAGGGGCUUCGUGUUCUCAGGGGAGACCCUGGAACCAGCCAUUCAUCCCGGCAGGCAGCCCUGUUGGGACAGGCAGGAGCCAGACUCCGUGGCCAGUGAGGUGGCGGCAGCUCACUGGCAGCGGUGGUGGCCCUGUGCAUGGAGGGCGGCACCACCAGCCUAUCGCUCCCUCUUGGCCUGGCGUCGCAGCCUGCCCACCUCCCGCCCACAGGCCCUUCCCUGCCCCCUCUCACCUCUCCACUCUCCCACUCCUGCCCCGGGGAAAACCCACCACUGGUGUCUUGUUAGCCAGGCCCUCGGGGAGCCAGCAGCCAGCAGCGCCUGCCUGCUUCGCUGCACCCCCCAGGAGGGGUCCCUGGAGGCUUCAGCCCCCAAACUCUUGACACACUGAUGUUUCAAGUCAACUUCCAGCGUAGGUGUGCUGUCCCUCCCCCAGGUACAGGCAUAAGACAGGGUGUCCGUGCCACUUGGUAAUGUCACACAGAACUCUGGAGGGGAGGCCGUGUGUCUGGCAAGCAGGUGCCCCUUUUUUCUCCCCUUCAGAUGCUUGACACUUUUCACAGGAACCGACAAGGAGGGCAAAUGUCUUCUUUCAUUUAGAUUGUUGCCCCGGAAGGGACUGAGCCAGGGCAGGGCCUCCUCUCCCCAAGGCGCUCUUAUUAAAGUUCUGCUUACUCUGCCUCCAGCGA